AUGUGGCUCCCGCUGCCAUCAACCGACAGCCUGACACGGCCUCGCCUCGCCGUCGCCGUCUUCUCUGCUGUCGCAGCGGCAUCCCUUGGCUACUACACCUACCAAGCCAGCAGAGACCCCUAUCGCGAUGUGUCUGGCCCCGGUCUGCACCGAAGCAAUGCCGUCCGCCGCCUCCACAGACGAUCCCGCCGCAAUUCCGUCUCCUCCCAAGGCUCCCGUGGAGGGGAAGAGAACCUCGACCUCGAUGCCAUGCGCCCCAUGAACGAUGGCGACACCGUAGUCGACGGCGGCACCGUCGAUGAGUGGUGGAACGACCCCAACAGCAUGCAGCCGCAGGCCCGGGCCGGCCACAACAUCGUCAGCCUCUUGUUCAGGGUCUCGGAGGACAACGCGAGGCGGAACGCUUGCGUCCAUAGGGGCUGCGCCUGUAACGCCUGCGGCAUGGUGCCCAUACGCGGCGUUCGCUACCGCUGUGCCAACUGCGCCGACUUCGACCUCUGCGAGACGUGCGAAUCCCAAGGCGUGCACAUCAAGACGCACAUCUUUUACAAGAUCAAGGUCCCCGCCCCGCCCUUCGGCCCCCGCCAGAUGCAGCCAGUCUGGUACACUGGCGACCCCGACACUUGCUAUAGAAACUUGAAUCGUAGCCUGAUGGCGAGACUCAGCAAGGAGACGGGCUUUGAGAGACCCGAGAUCGAGGCCUUCUGGGAGCAGUUUACCUUCAUGGCCAACACGGAAUGGCGCGAGGACUCGGACGAAUUGCACUUGGCCAUGGACAAGAAGACAUUCGAGCGCUGCCUCGUCCCCUCUGGUGGCUCGCGACACGCAACGCCGAACCUCAUCCACGACCGCAUGUUCUCCUUUUAUGACACCAACAACGACGACCUGAUUGGCUUCACCGAGUUCCUGCACGGGCUGGCUUACCGCAAGCGCAAGGACAAGCUGCGCAAGAUCUUUGAAGGCUACGACAUUGACGGCGAUGGCUUCGUCAACCGCCGCGACUUCUUGCGCAUGUUCCGUGCAUACUACGUCCUCUACAAGCAGAUGCACCGCGAUAUUCUCGACGGGCUCGACGACCAGCUGAUGGGAAGCACAGAAGCUCAGCAGCUCGUGGCAAGCAGACAACCCCUGAGCAGUCUCUUUGGCCGUGAGGGCAGGGUCCCCCGCGCCCAUGCUAAUCACCGCAGCGAGGGCAAGAUCUUCCAUCCCAACGGUGACGUGGAACUGGAGCCGGGCAGGAAUAGCAUCGUUAGUGACGACAGGGGGGACACGUCCGGGCGGGAGGACGUGCUGACGAGGCUGUUUGCACCAUACAUUGGCAGCCCGUGGUCUGGCCAGAUGCGCUCUCCGGAUAGCGAGCCGGACACUCCGUACUGGGAUGCUUUGCUCAACCCGCCCACGAGCAUUGACGACCUGCCCGACUUGCUUACCGGACAGCGUCGCGAGCGCAACGAGAUUGAUUUCGACUUUGAUCUGGAGCUCCCCAGCUCCGAUGGCGAGGAUGGAGCAAACAACAACUCAGAUGCGGAAAACAGAAGCCAGACUGGCGACGCUGCAGCACAGCCCGACGGCUCCGAAAGCCAGAAUCAAAGGGUCGACCCUGACCGGUUCACAAACACAGUUCCUACCGAGAGUCAACUCAGGGCCCAGGUGAUCAACCAUAAGAGGCAGAUGGCUCCCGAUAUCGAGCGGAGACGGCGGCAAGCCGCCAGAAAACAACUGCACGACAGGUGGAAGAGACGACAGUUUUACCUCGACGAGGAGGAAGGCGGUCUUGCCCCUGAUGGCUGGCAUUCCGAUGAGGAUGUCCUGCUCAACCUCAAUGGUGUUGCGGAGAGCUCCAAAGCAGCACAGGGGCAGGUCUUGUCUUCGCGGUCCAGGUCGUCGUCAAAGGUCCGCUUCGCGGAAGACAUGGACGAAUACGAAACCAGAUCGAACCCUUCGACGUCAUCUAGAAGCGUGCCCGAGCGCUGGGGUGGCUUGGAGAUUCCCGACGAGGAGCGUGACGCCGGCAAAGAGAUCCUUUAUCAGGUCACGCAGCAGGCCUUCAACGAGCUUCUCGAUGCCAUCUUCAAAGACAAGGAAGACUUGGCCGUAAAAGCAGCUGCGACAAAGGCCAAUCGGAACAAGCACAGAGCCUUGUUUGAGCACCUGACUGUCGAUCAGCCCGAACCCAAGACGGUAGAGCCGCGACAGCCUAGGAAGGCCAUCGACGAGGACAAGCCGAUUGCCGAGAGAUCUCUGGAAGAACUCUUGUUGACUAGUGGUUACAGAGUCGACGAGUUCGGUCACGAGGUUGAUGAACCUGGGCAGAGGACCAAUGGAUCCGCUGCAGAAAACAGACGGAGGGUCGAAGAGGUCCUUGAUGAUGACGAUGAGCAGGAGAAGGCGGAUGACGAUGACGAGGGCGAGGUGAUUGGGGAAGACACAGAAGACGCGGAAGAAGAGGAUGCCGUCGAGGUUGAAUUCCAGGACCCGACGAUGCCUCAGUUCCGACCCAACAGCGAGGCCACGAUCGCGUCUGUCUCAUCAGACAGCUCGCCGGCCCCCUCGGAAUCCUCGGCAUCGAACCAAGGAUCCAAGUCGGCGACGAAGAAGAAGAAGAAGUCUAAGUCUACCCGGUUUGCAGCAGGCUCAUCCGAGGCUAUCACGCACUUCACACUCCUGGAAUGGAAGCGCCUCGACCUGGCGGAGAAGGAGGCAGUCGACCGCGGCGGCUGGGGCAAACUGAGCUUCGAGGAGUUUGAGGAGAUUUACAAGAGCCAGGAGAACGCCGGGAACCGUCUCGAUUACCUGGGCAGCUGGGUCGACUUCUGCAUCCCCUAG